GAAAACGCAGCGAGGAGGAGGUUGCCCGCCCGCCGCCGCCUCAUGUCGCGGCCCCGUCCCGCCGCCAGCCCGGGCACCUGCAUGGACGGGCAUGGGGAGAGCUGUGCCUUCCUGCGCCGCCGGGGCUGAGGCGCCGCGCUGCUGCGGGCCGCGUCGCCCGUCGUUCACUGCCCUCGGCCUCCUCGCCGCCCUGGGGCUGCUGCUUGGCUCAGGUGACUGCCAGCUGCAAACACCUUGUCGAAUCCAGAAGUGCACCACCGAUUUCGUAUCCUUAACUUCACAUCUAAACUCGGGUCUUGAGGGCUUUGACUUGGAGUUCUGCAAGGCCCUGCGAGCAUACUCUGCCUGUACCUAUCGCAAUUCCAAAGUAUGCCGUGGAAAUCUAGUCUACCAUUCUGCAGUGCUUGGGAUCAGCGACCUCAUGAGCCAGAGAAACUGUUCCAAAGAUGGACCCACAUCCUCCACUAACCCUGAAGUGACCCAUGAUCCCUGCAAUUACAGUAGCCACACAGAAGCCAGAGAACAUCAGGGAGGGGAGAAGACUCAUACUACUACUUACCUAUUUUGUGGCUUGUUUGGUGAUCCUCAUCUGAGGACUUUUAAGGAUCACUUCCAGACAUGCAAAGUGGAAGGUGCUUGGCCCCUCAUAGACAAUAACUACUUAUCAGUGCAAGUGACCAACGUGCCUGUGGUCCCAGGAUCCAGUGCUACUGCUACAAAUAAGAUAACUGUUAUCUUUAAAUCAUACCAAGACUGUACAGAUCAGAAAGUAUAUCAAGCAGUGACUGAUGACUUGCCUGCAGCUUUUGUUGAUGGUACAACAAGUGGAGGUGAUGGGAACACCAAGAGCUUGCAAAUUGUGGAGAAAGUCAGUGGCAAAUACGUCGAAAUGCAUGCCAGGUACAUUGGGACCACCAUGUACAUACGCCAGCUUGGGCACUACUUAACAUUGGCCAUUCGCAUGCCUCAAGAGUUGGUCAUGGCCUAUGAGGAGAGCCAGGAUCUGCAGCUCUGUGUGAACGGUUGCCCUUCAAGUGAACGUAUUGAUGAUGAUAGUGGCCACUUACCAUUGCCUGUGAUGGGGCAGUUGGUCCCUCAGGGCGGUGCUGUUCAUCCCUGGUCAGUGUACACACUGGAAAGUGCCACCACGAAAUGCUAUGAGAAGAUGCUGGUGAAGGACAUCUAUUUUUACUCAUGUGUAUUUGACCUACUCACCACUGGUGACGCUAACUUCACGACUGCUGCUCACAGUGCCUUGCAGGAUGUGGAGGCACUGCACCCCAGAAAAGAGCACUGGCAUAUCUUUCCCAGCAGUGGAGGUGUGGGCAAGGGUGGCAAAUUAUUUGUCAGUCUUGGACUUGUGUGCUUGAUCCUUAUUGCGUUUUUGUAGGUUUUUUUGUCUAUAACAAAGUUUUGAAAUAUAUAUUGUCAUAAUAUAUUGAGUAAAGAUGAGUGUAUAUGUAUAUACCACGUAUAUGAAGGGAUGUUUUGUCUUGGGACACCCAACAGAUUGUACAUACUGUGUUAACUGUUUUCAUGUAUGUUUGAUGUAGUAUUCUUUGUAUCUAUUUGUUUUGCAGUUGGUGAAAUGUUUUAUAAUGUCCCUGCAAGGGGACCUGAUAGAAAGCACUUUAUUUUUUAUAUAUUAAAUAUUUAUGUGUGUAUCUGAGUAACUAUGUAUUAUUCAUAUAAACUUGUACAUAACAGGACUCAGUGCUCCCUGUAAGUACUACUUGGUUUAACACAUUUUUUUUUAACUGGAUCAAUUUGUGUUUUUUUUCUAUCAUUUCUUUUACUCUAGAGUCUUACUCUAGAGUCUCUUGUCCUGUAAUUAUGUUGGUGAUUUGCUGGGUUUACUAGUUAAAAUCAUUAAGAAUGGGAUUGUCUUCUGUCCCUCAAACUAAUGGCCAUCCUUUCUUUGGAGGGAGAGAAUGAAGUGCUUCACAUUAGCUCACAUGACCGUCUUGGAUAACAUGAAUUACAGAACCUUCUUUGUAAUUUUGACAUUUCCUAGUUUCAUGGCAUGAGUUUCAAAAGAAGAAAAGGGAAUGUGUUGGAGUGAGACUUACAAAGCUUAUUAGAACCAGUGGAGAAGAUGAUGAUUUUAAAAGAUAUUAGUGGUCUAGUUGUGUAAGCAUGUAAUGUAACUAUUGCAGCUGCCUCAAACCUGUAGGGUUAAGUCAUUCUCCAAGAUGGACUGGAGAAAUCACAAGUGUGAAUUCUGUCCCUUGCUUAGGUGCUAAUUCAGUCUAUACAUUCAGAAGGAGGAGAGGAGUGAGGCCACAGGCUCUGACUAAUGUUACUGAGGAGCUAGGAGAAGAAUGAUUUGGUGGCCUGAAGGUUGGUUUUACUUAGUGCCUUAAUCUGCUGCAAGAAAUGGAAGCUUUAAUACAUGUUGUAAUAAACCCAGCUCCAAGAUGGGCUUAUUUCACUCUCAAAACUGUUCAUCUGAGACUGGACUGACAUGUUAGAACUGCUACCUGAGUAAGACUCAAGUAGCACUUACCUUUGUUAAGCAAACGAGCUAGUCCUUGGUGGAGGGAGAUGGAGUUCAUUCGUGGAACAAAAGUUCCUAGGUUUUAUGAAGACUCUUGGCUGGGUUAGGGACUGUUGACUGGUAAGGACAGUAGCAGUCUUCUCAAAUAAACUAAUUAAUUCCCUGUGUGGAUGGAUGACUGCAUACAGAUGUUAUUCUGGGAAUACUUGAGAUUAAAGUAGUCAGAACUGAGUUAAGGCUGAAGGUGAAACUUUAUUUUAGACUAGUCUAUUGGUAGCUUCUUUUGUCUGUGCUGUCUGAUGAUGCUGUUUCAGAUGAGUUAGACUUGUGGACUUAUGGUAUGUCUGAUAAAGUGGCUCAUGUGGUUUCACGUGAUGGUGACAGGCUUCUCCCUAUUUUGUGUGGCUCAGCUUCCUCAUCAAUGUUCUGAAUUUAAAGUUCUCAUGGCUGAAGGCUGAAGGAUGAACCUAGUGUUGCUUGCAGUGGUGCACAUACUUAUUGGGCAGGCACCGUAUACUAGUUAAUUUUCUCUGUCCCUGGAUCAUAUAUAUGUAUGUGCAUAUAUAUGCUGUAUAUAUGUAUACUAACAUUGAGUUGUGAGCCUCUCAGAUAAAUAGUAUUUCAGAAAUGUAGUAAUUCCCCUAAAGAGUUUCCCAUUUUCUUGCUCCUGUUGUGGGAUUUCUUGAGAAAAUGUUAUUUGCAAGUGUACAUUCUUGAAUUCUGCCAUGGCCAAGAGAGCUUUAGUUAAUACCAGACACGGAUAUUUUGAAGCUAGUGAAUGGUCUCUGGAGAAAACUUAAGCUUAGAGGGAAUGCUUUUUUUCACAUUCCCUCAAAAUGGCUGUCUUUUUGAAGGCUACAGAUAUUUUUUUUUCAUGCUUGGAAACCCAACAAUGUGUCAGUCUUUGCAAAACCUUUUAGAUGUGGUUCAUGAAUAUACCAGUAAGUAUAUGUUUGUGGAAAAGAGUGGCUGUGCCGUCUGUAAAUACUUUAAAUUAUUACGAUAGAAGAAUAAAGUUGCCUACCCUGCUGAGGAACCUCUGUAAUGUGUUAGUGACCCCUGAUGGGGUGCAUAGAAAUUGGGGAUGUGGGCCACGUACUGGGCAGGCAAUCUAUAAAUAAAGCCCCAAUUUGUCUCCUAGCCAUCACUUGUUGGAUAGGAUUGUGCUGAGUACAAUCGUUAUACUUCUUUGCAGAUGCUUGUUUCCCCUCUGCUAAAUAAGCUGUGUAGUGAAAUUUAUGACCAGCAGCUGCAAACCAGGCCAGUUUAUUGAAGAGGCAGUGUGUGGGAAACUUAACAGCAGGAACCAUCCCCUCAGGAUCCCACUUGCACAGUUCCUUUGCAGUAUUUGUGGAGGUACUUAGAAGAGCUUUAACACAGUUAUCUCAUAUUGCUGCAUCCAUCUUGAGAGGCAAUACGAAAAUCCUCUUUUAAAGUUACUGGAGAAGUCUCAGACCAGAAAACCCUGGAAGAGAAAAUUACUUGCUGUAAAACUGAAAAAGAGAUUGAGGCAUUGAAAGAAUAAAUGAUAUAGGAGUCCAUAAGAUUACAGAACUUCAUAUAACAAGAUGAUCUGCUAAGUAUACAUGGGAGCCUGUAACAUUUCAGCUGCAGGGCUAAUCACACAGUAUGCAGGCAAACUGAAAGUGCCAAAACUUGAAACAAGUUAUGUCAGAUACAUACCAAGAAACACAACUUUGAAUGUUGUUUUGCUAAGCUUGUGUUACAGCUAGAAUUUGAGAGGUGUGUGUAACAAUCUUACAUGGUAGAUACAUCAUUGAAAUGCUUUGUGGAAACCACUGUAGAAAGCAAAGGGAGCUUUAAAUAUAUGUAUGUUUAGUGUAUACAGAAGGAGGCCAUUGAAUCUGUAAGAGCUUACUUUCAAAGGUGUUGAUUUACCACCACAAGCUCUGCAGAAGGCAUUAUAGCAUGAUCAUUAGUAUUUUAAUGCAACAAGUAGUAAGCUAUUACUGACACUAUCUGUUGUUGGCCUUUGUCUUAAGCUUAGCUUGCUCCUUGGAUAUUAGUGGCUUAUUCAAAAGGUUAUUUUAAGUAAUCCUGUGCUAACAGAGCUCUUAGCAGCAGGGGAGGAUAGUUUCCUGUAGUUGUGGAGUCUUGACAACUUCCCUAGGAAGCGUGUCACAGAACCAAGCAGAGAACUGGGUGCUUAAUCCACAUUUUGUAUGUACAUACAGCUCCUAAACAAAGGUAUUAUAAAAGGGAAUAUGCUCAACUGACUGUCAAACCAAAAAUUCUCUUUUUCUCUCUUCCUGGAAAACCUGUCUGGAAGUAUAAACUGCAUAGACCACCUGUUUGUUCUUAUGGUCAAGUUAGGGCCCUUCAGUAGUGCAUUUCCUUUCAAACUGCUGCUGUACUGCCUGAAAAUAGAUCACCAACUAUUUAUGUUCUCUUACCUUAGCAUUAUGGAUACCAUGCAAUUUAUGGGUUUUGAGGAUGUGCAGGUGGCUAUUUGCUUACAUACACCCUGAAGUGAAGCAAGCAAUCUUAGAAGCUUUGCACUGCCUAAUGACGGUUUCAUUAAUGGACGUGUUCUGAAAAAAAGCCCAAGUGGCUUGUGGCUUUCUUCUCUUUUGACAGACUCAUAGCACAGUUUCAAAUCUUGCAUUCAUUUUCUUCAUGUAAGUACAGCUGCAGUGUUUUACACUGACAUUUUCAUGCUUUGGGUUAUUUUAAUUCCCAUCUGUAUCUUGACUGAUAUAAACUGUAUUUCUUUCUGUCUUUCCCUAUUCCAGCUAUUAAAGACUACCAUCUAUACAAUGCAUAGACAUGACUAGUAAUAAUUCCCUUUUUUUAGAAGGUAUUCUUUGUUGUUUUUUACAAGAUAAGUAUUCUCUGUGUUGUGCUGCUAGUUCUCUCCAUCUAUAUUCAAAACAAAUAAGGAUUGUGUGGGUCAAUGUUGUUCAUUAGAUUUUAUCAUUGUUACUAAUUAGCUUGUUUUAGAGAGCAACGUAGCCACAGAUCAAGUACAAGUAUGCAGGUAAAUUUUUGUGAUGCUGAUGUAAAACAAUUGCAUCUGAUCUGAUUUAGAAUUCUUUUAAUCUAUGUUUGUAAAUUACACUUCAUUGAAAUUAAAAGCUGCUGGUAGUAAAUCAA